AUGCUGUUCCCUAGUCUGACAAGCCGUUUUGUACUGGGGCUUUCGAGGGCCUCAAUGAUACCGAGAGCACCCGCUCGCAGCUCCGCGAUGGCCAUCUUCUCGCCUCUCCGCGCGUUCUCGAUCUGCCGACCAAACUGGGCCACCCUGAACCAGAUCAAGAGAGGCGUAGAGCCACCAAAACGCAAAAAGGCCACUGUGUCUCCAGAUCUAUACCAAAGUCCACUCCGUAAGGGCGUGGUCUUGAGAGUCAUGGUCCUAAAGCCAAAAAAGCCAAACUCCGCACAGCGCAAGGCCUGCAGAGUGCGGCUGACCAACGGAAAAGUUAUCUCUGCGUACAUUCCAGGCGAGGGUCAUAAUGCCCAGGAGCAUAGUAUUGUCUACGUGCGUGGGGGUCGUUGCCAGGAUCUUCCCGGUGUCAAAUACCGGGUCAUUCGCGGAACUGGAGACCUGAGUGGCGUCGUCAACAGAAUAACGUCACGCUCAAAAUACGGCGUUAAGAAGCCUCAGAAAGCAUGA